GAGGGCGGGCGGGGGGCGGUGCCGAGCCCGGUGCGCUCCGUCGGACGGGAGGAGCCGUCCCGGAGCUGUGGGGCCGCGUCACGCAGUGCGGCCGUGGAGCGCGGCGAUGGAGGUUGCUCGCUGACGGCUCGGGACGGAGGAGCUGGACGCUGUGGCUGAGCUGCUGGGUCGCUUGCUCUGGGGAAGGAGGCGUCCUCGUUUCUUGUCACGGAUCCGACACAGUGUUUCCUGCCCACAGUUACUGAAAAGGAAAUGUUCAAAUGUUGGAUUUGGAUAUUUAUCUUGCUCUGUAGAAGCUCUGUAGCAGAUGAAAACUCUAUCAGAGAUGCUGACAUUUUUCCUUCUUCUCCUGAAAUUGAGAGAGGAUCCACCCUGAAACUGUUCUGUGUUCUUGGAAAACACUACACACCUCACAGGAACGCAAGCCACAUCAUCUGGAAACUGAAUCGUGAAUUAAUUGCUCAGGAAAACUACAACAUUGUCAAUGAGACUGUAUCUAGUAUAACUAUCUAUAAUUUCACUCACAACAAAGCACAUGUGAAAUGCUUUAUUAAGUACUUAGGGAAAGAACAACUUCUGGUUCACACUGAAGUGAAAUCUGGCUUUCCACCAGGCACACCAAGAAAUAUUUCCUGCAUAUACGAUGUUGAUAUUAAGCUUACCUGUAACUGGACUUCAGGAAGAGAAACAAAUCUUGAAACAAGUUAUACUCUUUACAGAAAAAUUAUGAGUGUACAAGGUCCCAUUAUGCAAAAGCCGGAGAUCUCCAUCUGCCGAAGCAAAACUGAGUCGUGUUCAUUCCAUUACCCAAAUAUUCCAUUUGGCGAUAAUCUUUGUAUUCAAGUGAAAGCUGAAAAUGUUUUGGGUGAAGCCUCAUCAGAUUGUGUUCCUAUAAAUAUGGAAGAAAUAGAGAGAUUUCAGCCUCCUGAAAUACUUUCAUUACAAAAAUAUGUUGGUAUAAAGCAGGUGCUUAUAGUAACCUGGAAAAUACCUGAGAAAAGUACACGUUUAUUGGAUGUAAAAUGCCAGAUUCGAUACAGAAAUUUGUAUACAAACUCAUCGGAAAUUGACACUGUUAUGGUGGCUUCUGGAGAAGAGAUAUCAACACAUAAUCUCACAGGUCUGUGGGACUCCACAGAGUAUUUCGUUGCCAUUCGGUGUAUCAGUGUUGAGUCAAAACACUGGAGUGAAUGGUCUAAAGAGAAAACAGCAAGCACAGAAGAGAAAGCUCCCUCAGAAAAAGUGGAUUUGUGGAGAGUAAUUGAGUCUUCAUCCCCAGCUGGAAGCAGAUCUGUGUAUCUUAUGUGGAAGCUGUUAAGCAACUUUCCACCCCAUGGGAGAAUUCUAGGCUACAAAAUACAGUAUUAUCCAGAAAAUAAUGCUGCACUUCAAAUGACAAACUUCACAUCUGAUAAGAAAAUUACUUUACUUUUAAACGAAGAGGCGUAUAUAAUAUCUCUUACUGCCUAUAAUUCUGCUGGAAAUUCUCCUGCAGCUAUUUUGAGGAUUCCAUCCACUGAUGAAAAAUCUUCUCAAAUUAUUGAAGCAGUGAGAACCUUUACAACAGAGGAAGAGAUGAUUUUGGAAUGGACAGUCUCUAAACCAGAAGUAACCAAGUAUGUAGUUGAGUGGUAUGAGGAAAUGGAGACAGAUCCUUUUGGUAGAUCAUGGCAGUAUAUAUCAAAUUCUACAAAGUGGAAACCUAACAAAAAAAACUUUAAAUCAUUUGUAUGCUACAACAUGUCAGUGUAUCCUAUUUAUGGAAAUAAAGUGGCAGCUCCGUAUUCCAUACAAACUUAUGUUCAAGAAAAAGAGCCAUCAGAAGGCCCUGUGGCUGAUACGGGUUUUCCAGGCAAAAAUGAAGUUACCAUAAAAUGGAAUGAGAUUUCAAAGGAUAAAAGAAAUGGCUUUAUCAGUAACUACACAAUAUUUUAUAAACCUGAUGGUGGAAAAGAAUUGAAUGAAACAGUGAACUCUGAUGUGCUGCAAUACACACUGAAGUCUUUACAGGCUAAUACACAAUACACUGUCUAUAUCAUGGCAAGAAACAGAGCUGGUGGAACCAGUGGAGAGCCAAAAACAUUCAAGACUUUGAAAUUCAAUAAAGAAGAUGUUAUUUUCAUUGCUAUACCAGUUGGAUUAAGCAUGUUGUUUCUGUUAGGCCUUUGGAUAACGUGCAUGAUGAAAAAACACCUGUUUCAAAAGGUUUGCUGGCCUGAUGUACCCAAUCCUGCAGAGAGCAUUGCAGUGCAUCUUGAUUCUUCUAUGAAUAAUUCAUUUUCAAAGGCACUGGCAUGCGAGGAUAAAACCAGAGGCCUGGAAAACAUAAGUGUUUUGGAAGAUUGUUUUCCUGAAGAAGAACAUGAAGGAUCGCUACUAAUGAACUGUGAAAAAUGUGUUUCUGGAAGUACUGACAUUAAUACAAACAAAGUACAGAAUACCUCUGAAUACAAGAUAACUCUGCUAAAUAAUGAUGAAAAGAUAAUGAAGAAUGAAGAACAGGAAGGUGCUAAGCACCUUUCAAUGUCCAUGCCUUACAUGAUCACUGAUCAAGAUUUCAGAAGUCAAAUACAUUCAGCUUUGAUACCAGCCAAGAAACUCCAGCCCAUCAUAAUGCUGGAAGAUGAUUUAUGUGAUUCCCAACAGAUCUCAAUUAAAAAUGAAGAAAAUGAUAAUGAAGAAGUUUCAAACAGAGAAGAUUUCAGUGAAAAAAGCCUGUUCAAUCCAUACCUUAGAAAUUCUGUUAAAACAAGAGAAUUUCUUGUUUCUGAGAACUUGUCAGAACACAGCAAGAAUGAACCCAAAAGCCAGGCAGCUGUUUUGCCUGGACUUCGACAAAAUGUUGUAGGACAAUCCUAUAUAACAUUGGACAUGGUUGGGCUGGCAACAGCUCAUCAGCAGGGGAAAUAAUUCCUUGUGAAGUCUCAACCUGGUAGCACUGCUUUUAUAUUUUCCUGUGUUUCCUGGAUGGUCGUGAUGACUUUGGAUGAAAUUACCCUGUUCCAUUGAACAGCUGUGAAGUAGUGAAUGUACUGUGUUUAUUCCUGUGAAGCUUCACUCUCAGAGUUAUGGGGGAUUUCUAAUUUUUAAUUUUUUUAUUUUUAAUUUUUUAAUUUUUAUUUUUUUUUUUAAAGCAGAGAAAUGUGUCAGUGAGGCAAAGGAGGCAAAGGUUGUAGCUUUUCUUAGUUCUUCAUUUUGAUUUUCCGCGUGAGAAAAUCAACCAGUGCAAGUAGCUUCCUGCUUUCCCCCUUGACAACCAAUUCAGAUAGAUGAGCACUGCUGGGGCAAUAUGCACUAACCUGAACAGAGCCAACAUCUGCCAAAUAUUUCCUUUAGUUACAUGAAGUAACUUCACUUUUUUUUUUCUUUUUUUUUCUUUUUUCCCAAGCUUAUUUGGUAUCUAAUUUUAUGUGUACUGUUUUUCUGUCUCACAAGUAGCUGGUAGUCAUCUUUGUGCAUCCUGACUCUUGAAUCAGCAGUUUGGCUCAUAGUUGCCAUAUCUUUAAUGAGACAAUAUGUUAUGUACAUGCUAUUAACCUAUCUGUGUUCUGGGAAAGGGAAGUUUGCGUUGGCUUUUUGCUUCCCUCCUUUUCUCUCAUUUUUAAUCAUUCUCUGUAUUUUUGGACUCCUUCAGAGUUGUUUUUUUUUCUAGCUGUUUACCACAAGAUAUCUCCUUAUCUUCUUUCUACUGUGCCUUUAAUUUCUCCUUGUUUAAAGCUGUUCUCAAUUGAAGUUGUGGUAUUUUGAACUGGGGGAGGGGGAGGGGGAAGCUAAAUUAAACAUUCAGUCUUUUAGAAUUAACAUUUAAUACCCUGGCAUUUCAAAUUCUACAGAUGGAAAUCCCCCAGAUUUUAACAGAUUAACCUGUUAUAGACAAAAUUCUUAUGCUGUGUGACCUAUGAUACUUACAUCCAUUAAAAUCCCCUUAAUAAGAAGAAAAAAUGCACUAUUAGUGAAUGCAUGAGAGAGAAGGAAGGAUUCUUGUGGACAUAUCUUCUAAUAUUCCUGAAGUUUUUGUAAAUAGAUCUCUUUUUUGGAGAUAGUUGGCGAGUUCUUGAGAUGGAUGUAUCAACUUCUAAUCAUGAGCAGGAGCUUGUUCAGAAGAGCUGAAUUUUCCAUCCCAGUUUGGUAUCUCCUUGGCAGAAGUGAACACUUGCAUGUGAGUGAGCCUUAAUCUGAGCACAAUGUAUGUGAGGGACUCACAGCUUCUAUUCCUGUGCCUCAGCAAAUGGGUUCACAUCACCUUUUCACAGUCACUUCAGCAAUUCUGCUUCGAUUUGUGUGUUCCAUUUUUUGCACAGUAGCCCUGUAGGCUUUGUGUUUGUAUACAGCUUUAAGAUUUAACAGCAUAAGAUGCGUUCUAGAUACAGCCCACCCUGUUGGUGCCAGCUAUGUCUUAGGGCAGGCUGGAAGAACCUGAGACCUUACCACCAUUUGAAACUUGAUCCCAUUACAGGCUUCUUCUGUAGGUACAGCUCAUCUGAAAUUACUUGCAUGGAUGUUUAUUUUUUUUCCCUUUGUUAUUUCUCUAAUGGCUAUAGCCAUUUCAGACUUUAAAGGGAUACCACAAUCUUUGCAUGUAUGCCUGUUUUUACUGAAUAAGCUUGUAUCAGAACACUGAUGCAUCCCUUUGGUGAUUACAACAAAAUCAGACAGGCAGUGGACAGUGUAUUAUUUCAUAUCCAUGUGCAGUACAGUUUUUGAUCUGUUGAAUGUUCACAAGUAAGGAAAGCUCAGGUGUUACAUUCACAGUUUGCUUCCUUGGACUGUGUAACAAGCAGAGUGUCUUGGGAUAUAGACGUCCAGGAAGAGACAAUAAACUGGCCUCAGUGCUGCUGCAAGCUAGUAUGGCUUCAGCAGAAGAGCUGCAAUUACACAGAUAAGUCAUCUAUGCAACUACAUCAGUUCCUCUGAGAAACUGCCCGAUGAAUUGCUUUUGUACAUAUAAAUAUGUGUGUGCCCAUACACAGGGAAAUAAUGCAACUAAUCUAUUGUUUGUGCAGAAAAACUAGCGCCUGUCUGUAUAAUUCAUCUUGCUGAUGUCUGUUGUUCAUCAGAAUGGAUGAGAUUGCAAGCUGGGAUCUUCUAACUCUAAAAUAUGUGUGGAUUCUUGCCUAAAAGCCCACAGGAUGCCGGCCUGAAAUAUUAAUCUGUGUAUUUACCGUAUUUGUUGUUCUGCUGUUCACUUGGGGCUUCUUGUUUUAAUAUGUGCCUUGACUUGAGCAGUUGGUGCUGGCAGGAAGACAGCUGUGCCUUGUCCCCCACCUCUGUCAGCACCUCUGCACUUCCCACGUGGGGAGGUGGUGAGCUUGUUCCCUUUUCUGCUGAGCGCAAACCAACACUAAAGCAGUAUUGAUGGUUGAGAAGCUUGAGGCACAGACAGGCUGAAGUUCUGAACUGCUAUGACAGUAUAGAGUUACCUUCCAGUGCUCCCAUAGUACAGGUAAUUACUAAGGUCAUUAGUAAUAUAAUAUCUUUAAAUGCUUGGUGAUUGCAGCUGUGAUGGGGAAAGCUGGACUCAUGGUUAAGCUGAACAGGCCUUUGCAAAUAAGGAUCUUAGGGCAGUGAUGUUUGGCUGUGUUGGGUAUGUUUCAGAGCAUUGCUCAGAGGUCUGCAGCCUGUACUGUGAUGUGUGCAAGGAUAUUGUGGUCCUGAGAGUGAGGUUUGUGCUGGCAGCUUUUCCCAUUACCAAAUCCUUUGGUUUUACGCUGCCAGCAAUUAGAAACAUCACGAGAGAAGAUAAUGAGCCAAACCUGAAACUCCAAUUCAAAGCAAUCUGAGGUUUUAAUUUUGAAACCUCCUUUGACAGAUUUGAGCAAGAGGGCUUUGUUUUGACAGCCACAGGGUUUCGGGCAUUAGGCUGUAACUUUUUAACCUCGCCAGCCAAGACUUCAAAAUACAAAAUACUAAAGAUUGAAUAUCCUGAUGUUUUUGUGACAAGCAGUCUCGGUGGUCAUGUGCACAAAGCAGUGUCUUAACAGCAAAUGUCUUGCUCGUUAUUGUGAGAUGUAAUUGUGAAAAUUUACUUAAUAGCUUUAUGCUUUGCUAGCAGCUGUUCUGAAAUAAUCGGCUGAGAUACCCUGCCAAAUGUUACUUAACAUAUAACACACAGAGCUUAUAUAACACGUAGACGAUCUGACUUUGUGUAAAACUGGCUUUGAACAGGCUGAAACGUGUAAUGGAGGCAUUCUGGUUCUGGGUGGCUCUGCUCUGGGUUCCAGUUCUCUGCAGAGAGCAAAAUGUUCACUUUGCUGCUCUGUGUCAGUGUUAAUUAAUAGCAAGAAGCAGGGCGCAUCCUGUGGUGUCUGAGUCUGGAGCCCACAGCAGUGUGGGCUGACUGUAAGAUCAGGUAGUUGUUAACAGCAAUAUCUUUUGCCUCUUAGCAAGGAAGAGUAAACAUGCAAGAAAGAGUAAAUGCAGUGGUUGUGAUCAGUUCCUGUGAUCAGCUUGUCUUAUGGCUGUUCAUCCUGGCCAGCCCACCUUACAGACAGAGCAUGCUGAAAGCGUUUGCUUUGUGUGCAUUUUUCUGUCCCACUUGCAGAGAACAGUGUUUGUAAGUGGAGCCCACGGAAGGGCAUCAUGCAUUCAUGUAAUACAUGUCAUACUGCUCCUAUCCACAGGAGAUGAUCUUGUGAACGUGUUGUGUGUCCCAGUCUGAUAACUUAGGAACUCUGUGGGAGAUACUUUUCUUUUUUAGCCUUUGUUUUUCCACUUUCUUUGCUGUUAUGUUACUUAAAAGAAAUAAUCUUUUUUAGUAUUUGAGAAAAACACAAUUUUUCUAGUGAAAUUCAUUUCAAAACCUUCCUAUUGUUUGUCCUUUUCCCAUGAGCAGACAAUAUCAUUUUUGCUGCCAUCUUGCUAUUUAACUUACACUGUUUUUGGCUGGUUAUUUUGAAACCAGACCAGAAGAACAAACAGCAACAAUCUCGAAGCUGACACAGCCAUUUGAAUAAAAUGUUCUUGCACAGAAUGAAGUCUUGUUAAUAGCGAAUCAAAACAUGAACUGAAGCAGAUGUGUGCCUGUAUGGUGCAGAUUUAUUCUCUAGAACUUGUUUAAAACAGAACUUGCUGGAGAACUAAGUGCAGAGGGAUUACUUACUGCUGUCCUUUCCUCAUCCGGUGUCUGUGACUCUCUUCAGCUCUUAAAAGGACGGCGCACCACUGGUGUUUUUCGGAAGCCCUUGUCUUGUUCUUCAGGCGUUGCUUAUCCCCGUGCUGCUGAAAGCCUCUUGAGCCAACUGGAUGUAUCUAGGUUACCGUGACUGAGUCAACAGAACGGAAGCUUUGCAGUGAGUAUUUCUCAGAAAAGCAGCCUGAGAUUUCCUGGAUCUGCCAUUGCUAUCCCGAGAAUGCUGUACUCCCUUUGCUAGGGAUCAGACAGCAGAACUGUCUCUGUUAGAUGAGAAACUGUACGUGCGGUGGAUUCUGAUGAAGAAAUACGUUUUGUAACUAUGGGAUUAGUCAGUAGUACUCAGGGAUGCCAGAAGCAAAGCUCAUGAGAUUGAAAUCAGUGUUAGUGCUCUGCUGUCGUCCACUUGGAACGUUACUGAGCAGAACUCUUUGGCCUGAAGGAAGGGAGCUGUAGAGGCUCCAGAAUUACACUACAGAAAAUUCCACCGUAAUGUGACAAAAUCUGGGCAAUUCCUCCUACCCUUUUUCCUUUGAAGUGAGCACUGCACAGCUCUGGGACAAACCCUUGUGUGUGUGUGGCCGCUCUCUGUCCAGUCUGCAUGUGGCCUUUUGGGGAUUCACACUUUUUUUAAAAUUGAAAAUAUAUGUUUAAAAAAUCCUCUGAAUACAGGAAUUAAUGCAGAGGGGACAGUGUCUUUGUUUUUAAUGGGAAGCUCAUUCUGUAGCUGCCCCACACCUGGGACCUCUUCCCUCCCACUGCCUCCGCAGCCACUGCUUUCUUCAGAGAGCUGACAUUUCCCAGCAUGAUCUGUGUAUCUGCUUCUGUCUGCAGUGCGUUCUUCACUGCUGCACAGCCGGCUUUGCUCAAUGAGGACCACCUCUUCCCUCCUUUUGCUUUUCUUCUUAGAAGGGUUUAAUUGCUUCUGUGCUCCUGAUGAAGCUCUCCACAGCUCCAUCUUAACAUGGUUUUGUGCUGCGCAGGCACUGUGAGGCAGGAAGCUGUGAAUCAUAUCUGGUGCCAGUUGCCUCCUACCGCUUCAGUCUCUGCUCAUUUUCACCUCUCCUCCUGCACUUGGGGCCUCCCCUGUCCUUUCUGAAGGGACAAGGAGGGCAGCUCCCACAGCCGCUGCACCACCACUGUGCCACCUCAGUGUCCUGCCCUGAGCUGAACUCUGUUCUUGGUGCCCAUUUGCUGCCUCAAGCAGGGGAUGGUGCUGCCUGUGCCCCGUGUCCUGGGAGCUGCACUGUGCUGCUGUGUGCCCCCUGUGCCACUGCAGCCCCAGGGCUGCUCUGUGUGUGCCACUCACAGUGCUGUGCUUCCCUCCUGUGCUGCCCAGUUCCUCCUGCAACCACGGGCACCGCUCCCACUGCUGCAGCCCCUGGGGAUGGAUCUGUUUCAUUACCUUUAAAGGAGCUGUAUUGUGGUCAUCUUUGUUUACUUUGGGUGUUUCUAUGUUGAUAUUUGUAUUUAAAUGACUCCACAUGUUGUGCUGUGACAGCCUGACCCUGCACUCCCUUCAAAUAGAGAAGUUGGCCAGUGUUUUUCCCA